GCGCGCUUCCUUUUCAAAGAGAGAGAAAAAGUAAAAUUAAAAGAAAAAAAGAGAAAACAAGUAAACCAAAAACAUGAAAUGUGAGGGAGGAGAGGGGAGGAUGGGAAAGUAGAAGAGAGAAGCAGGAAAAUUACGUAAAAAUGAAAAAAACAAAAAUGAAAUCCGAAAAUCAUUUUUCCGCGACGGGAGAGAGAAAAAUCUAGGGCUUUUUGGAAAGCUGAAUCUGCAAACACAAUCUUCAGAUCUUUCCUAAUAAUGGCGACUCCAUAUUCGGGUUUGCAACACAGAGACGGAGGUGGAGGAGGUGUAGCGGUAAUGGCAGGUCCUAUGAACCCUAUAGAUUCAUCUACGCCGUCUAAAUCUUGUCUGAAAAACUCCGCUCUAAAGUCGCCAAUUCUUAUCUUCUUGUUCUUUCACAAAGCCAUCAGGUCCGAGCUUGAUAAGCUUCAUAGAGCUGCUUUGGCUUUUGCCACCAACCAGGAGGUAGACAGUGAGGGUGAUAUUAAGCCUUUGUUGAAAAGGUACCACUUGCUUCGCUCGAUUUACAAGCACCACUGCAAUGCUGAAGACGAGGUCAUCUUUCCAGCACUUGACAUACGUGUAAAGAAUGUGGCACGGACUUACUCCCUUGAACAUGAGGGAGAAAGUGUGCUUUUUGAUCAGUUGUUUGACUUGCUGAAUUCAAACAUGCAAAAUGAAGAAAGCUAUCGCAGAGAGCUAGCUUCUCGUACAGGGGCGCUCCAAACAUCAAUUAGUCAGCACAUGUCCAAGGAAGAGGAGCAGGUCUUUCCAUUACUUAUUGAAAAGUUCUCCUUUGAAGAGCAGGCAUCAUUGGUAUGGCAGUUUCUUUGCAGUAUUCCUGUUAACAUGAUGACAGAAUUUCUUCCCUGGCUUUCCUCCUCUAUAUCACCUGAUGAGCGUCAGGACAUGCGCAAGUGCUUGUGCAAGAUAAUUCCGAAAGAAAAAUUACUUCAGCAGGUUAUUUUCACCUGGUUGGAAGGGGUAAAAGCCUCUCAUGUAUGUAAAAGUUGUGAAGAUAACUGUGAAACUCAUUGCCAAAGUUCUGGAGCUAAUGCUCUGGUGUGUCAAACGAAGGAGUUCUGUGCGUGUGAAUCUUCCAGAACUGGGAAAAGGAAAUAUGUGGAGUUAACUUCUGAUCUUACCAAUUCUAUUCUGUCAUGCCCAAUAAAUGAGAUAUUACUUUGGCAUAAUGCCAUAAAAAUGGAGCUGAAUGAUAUAGCAGAAGCUGCUCGGAAGAUUCAAUAUUCUGGGGAUUUCUCUGAUUUGUCUGCUUUUAACAAAAGGCUGCAGUUCAUUGCUGAGGUUUGCAUCUUUCAUAGUAUUGCUGAGGACAAGGUUAUAUUCCCUGCUGUAGAUGCAGAACUUUCUUUUGCUCAGGAGCAUGCAGAGGAAGAACUUCGGUUUGACAAACUUAGGUGUCUCAUUGAAAGUAUUCAAAAUACUGGAGUUAAUUCAUCUUCUACUGAAUUCUAUUCAAAAUUAUGCUCUCAUGCUGACCAGAUAAUGGACAGCAUACAGAAGCAUUUCCACAAUGAGGAAGUUCAGGUUCUUCCACUUGCUAGAAAGCAUUUCAGCCCCAAAAGACAGCGAGAACUCCUGUAUCAAAGCUUGUGUGUGAUGCCCUUGAAAUUGAUUGAGUGUGUCUUACCAUGGUUGGUGGGGUCACUGAGUGAAGAAGAGGCUAAGUCAUUUCUUCGGAACAUGUGUUUGGCAGCUCCAGCAUCGGACUUGGCAUUGGUGACACUUUUUUCUGGUUGGGCAUGCAAAGGUCGCUCCAGGAAUGUUUGUCUGUCUUCAAAUGUAAUUGGUUGUUGUUCUGCAGAUGAUGACUGGAAGCAAAGAGAUAGCAAUCACCGUGCUGCGACGUGGCUCACUUGUUCUCCAUCAUUCCGGGAUCCAGAAAAGCAGGUGUUUGGAUGUGAGCACUAUAAAAGAAAUUGCAAACUCCGAGCUGCUUGCUGUGGCAAAUUAUACACAUGCAGGUUUUGCCAUGACAAAGUCAGUGACCACUCCAUGGAUAGGAAGGCCACAGCUGAGAUGAUGUGCAUGCAAUGCCUGAAAAUUCAGCCUGUUGGACCAGUUUGCACGACACCUUCCUGCAACGGCCUCUCAAUGGCUAAAUAUUAUUGCAGCAUCUGCAAAUUUUUUGAUGAUGAAAGGAUUGUUUAUCAUUGCCCUUUCUGCAAUUUAUGCCGCCUGGGAAAGGGGCUUGGUGUUGACUUCUUCCAUUGCAUGAAAUGCAAUUGUUGUCUAGCAAUGAAGCUGGUGGACCACAAAUGCCGAGAAAAGGGUCUAGAAACAAACUGCCCCAUCUGCUGUGAUUUUUUAUUCACAUCAAGUGCAUCUGUAAGAGCACUUCCAUGUGGCCAUUUCAUGCACUCAGCUUGCUUUCAGGCAUACACAUGCAGUCACUACAUCUGCCCCAUCUGUAGCAAAUCUUUAGGAGAUAUGGCGGUCUACUUUGGCAUGCUUGAUGCACUUUUGGCUUCUGAAGAUCUUCCAGAAGAAUAUAGGGACCGCUGUCAGGAUAUAUUGUGUAAUGACUGUGAUAAGAAAGGGACUGCACGCUUUCAUUGGUUGUACCACAAGUGUGGGUUUUGUGGAUCGUACAACACCAGGGUAAUUAAGGUUGACUCAGCAAAUAACAACUGCACAACAUCCAAUCGGUGAUGGCAUCUGGUAUUUUUUAUCUGUUGAUUCACGUGUGUAAAUAUAACCACAGCCCCAUAUUCUAUAUGAGUUGUAAAUCAUAUCCGUUGAAAUAGUCGAUUCAGUUUCUCCAAUUUUCCAGUAGAUGAGGAUAUCAUUUUUUGCUGUUUUGAAGUUUUUGAACAACUUUUGGGCAAGGAUGUUCUCUCAUUACUUGUGAGGAAGAAAUCUAGUGUUCCAUGGAGCAGGGAAUCUGACUGAAGAUGGAUAUUUUGGUAUCUUCAUUCAUUGAUGAUAGCCUACGUAAUUGCGGAGAAAAAUCAUGGUGCCUACUUGUAAAUUACACUUUAUGUAAUUGUGUUUUAUGUGUAAAAUAUCAACAUUGUCGGCGUGGCUGCUGUAGGCAGAUAAGGUCACUAAAUUUUCUUCUGAAUUUUGGUCAAGAGUUCACGAUCAUAUCCCAAAAGACUGAAGCUCUGAGCAUCUUUUGACGAGUAGCUAAUAUUUGUAAGUUCUUAUUGCCGAUGUUUUUUAGGUUUCAUGUUUGUUGACUUGUAAAAUGUAUGGAUAUGCAAUAAUGUAUCUGUUUAAUUGAGGCAGCCAGUUACAGCCAAGUAAUCUAUGAAGCUCAUAUUUCGUUAAGCA